UUGUCCUGAUAUGUCUGGCGUUCGCCGUCUUCAACUGCGGAGCCGAUAACGUCCACCUUACUGAAACUCAAAAAGAAAAAGCUAAGCAGUACACCUCAGAAUGUGUUAAAGAAUCUGGCGUGAGCACCGAAGUGAUAAAUGCAGCGAAGACUGGACAGUACUCCGAAGAUAAAGCUUUUAAGAAAUUCGUGCUUUGCUUUUUCAACAAAUCCGCAAUCUUGAACUCAGAUGGUACAUUGAACAUGGAUGUUGCGCUAGCAAAACUUCCUCCUGGUGUUAAUAAAUCUGAAGCCCAAAGCGUACUAGAACAGUGCAAGGAUAAGACCGGGCAAGACGCAGCCGAUAAAGCCUUCGAGAUCUUCCAAUGCUACUACAAAGGGACCAAGACACAUAUUUUAUUUUAAUUAAUCUCGAAAUAAGAAACUAUAUUGGUCAUUCUAAAUUACUACACACUGUUUUGAAAUAAUUUAAAAUGUCAUUAAAGUAAUAUUUCCUUUA